AGAAGGGAGAGAUGGCUCCCGGGACACGUGUGAGGUGGGUUCAUGCGGCUCCUCCUCACCCCCAGACCUGGGCAGCUCCCAGUCCAUUCAUCCUCAGCCCGGCCUCUCUCUACCUUGCCCGCCCCCAGCCUCACCCUCUCUUUGCGCCAAACUCCUCAUCUCCAGCCCUCUUUCCUGUUACCUCUCAACCCUGGGGAACUGGCCUUCCUUCCUCGACCCUGCUUCGCCUUGCAGACCCCCAUCCCCGCCUGCGGUUGCAGCCCUCCAAGACCCCUCCCCUGGAGCGCUGGAGGGCUCCUUUCCCCCCAUGGAUGGGUCUGGAAAGGGUGAAGCUGGGCCCUCGGCGUUGCUGACGCCCCCAAUGUCGUCGAGCAGCCGGGGGCCGGGGGCCGGAGCGCGCCGACGCCGAACCCGCUGCCGCCGCUGCCGGGCCUGUGUGCGAACUGAGUGCGGGGACUGCCACUUCUGCCGAGACAUGAAGAAGUUCGGGGGGCCCGGGCGCAUGAAGCAGUCGUGCCUGCUGCGGCAGUGCACUGCCCCUGUGCUGCCACACACAGCUGUAUGCCUCUUGUGUGGGGAGGCUGGGAAGGAGGACACAGUGGAGGGAGAGGAAGAGAAAUUUGGUUUGAGCCUCAUGGAGUGUACAAUCUGCAAUGAGAUCGUCCACCCUGGCUGCCUGAAGAUGGGGAAGGCUGAGGGUGUCAUCAAUGCAGAGAUCCCCAACUGCUGGGAGUGCCCUCGCUGCACCCAGGAAGGCCGGACCAGCAAGGAUUCAGGUGAGGGACCAGGCCGCCGCAGGGCUGACAACGGCGAGGAGGGCGCCAGCCUGGGGAGUGGAUGGAAGCUGACGGAGGAGCCGCCACUUCCACCACCUCCACCCAGGCGCAAAGGUCCCUUACCUGCUGGGCCCCCCCCAGAGGACGUGCCUGGGCCCCCCAAAAGAAAGGAGAGGGAGGCAGGGAAUGAGCCCCCUACCCCAAGGAAAAAGGUGAAAGGAGGCCGAGAAAGGCACCUGAAGAAGGUGGGUGGAGACGCCUGCCUCCUCCGAGGAUCGGACCCAGGCGGCCCCGGCCUUCUGCCCCCCAGGGUUCUGAAUCCGAGCCAGGCUUUCUCGUCCUGCCACCCUGGGCUCCCUCCCGAGAACUGGGAGAAACCAAAGCCGCCUUUGGCCUCUGCUGAGGGCCCGGCGGUGCCUUCCCCGUCACCCCAGCGGGAGAAGCUCGAGCGCUUCAAGCGGAUGUGCCAGCUGCUGGAGCGGGUGCCCGACACAUCCUCAUCCUCCUCGGAUUCCGACUCAGACUCCGACUCAUCAGGCACAUCGCUGAGUGAGGAUGAGGCUCCUGGCGAGGCCCGGAAUGGGCGACGGCCAGCCCGGGGCAGCUCGGGCGAGAAGGAGAACCGCGGGGGGCGGCGGGCUGUGCGCCCUGGCGGCGGAGGGCCCCUCCUCAGCUGGCCCCUGGGCCCCGCACCCCCGCCCCGGCCCCCACAGCUGGAGCGGCAUGUGGUUCGGCCCCCGCCUCGAAGUCCCGAGCCCGACACGCUGCCUUUGGCUGCUGGAUCCGACCACCCCCUGCCCCGCGCCGCCUGGCUCCGUGUCUUCCAGCACCUCGGGCCCCGAGAGCUAUGCAUUUGCAUGCGAGUGUGCCGGACUUGGAGCCGCUGGUGCUACGACAAGCGUCUGUGGCCUCGGAUGGACCUGAGCCGGAGGAAGUCACUGACCCCGCCCAUGCUUAGUGGUGUGGUUCGCCGCCAGCCUCGAGCCCUGGACCUCAGCUGGACAGGUGUCUCCAAGAAGCAGCUCAUGUGGCUUCUGAACCGACUGCAAGGCCUGCAGGAGCUGGUGCUGUCUGGCUGCUCCUGGCUCUCUGUCUCUGCCCUGGGCUCAGCCCCACUGCCAGCCCUGCGGCUCCUGGACCUCCGCUGGAUUGAGGAUGUUAAAGACUCCCAGCUCCGCGAGCUGCUGCUGCCUCCGCCAGACACCAAGCCAGGGCAAACGGAGAGCCGAGGGCGGCUACAGGGGGUAGCUGAGCUGCGCCUGGCCGGCCUGGAGCUGACGGACGCCUCCUUGCGGCUCCUGCUGCGCCACGCACCCCAGCUGAGCGCCCUGGACCUGAGCCACUGCGCCCACGUUGGGGAUCCCAGUGUCCACCUCCUCACGGCCCCCACCUCCCCGCUCCGAGAGACCCUGGUACACCUCAAUCUCGCCGGUUGUCACCGCCUCACGGACCACUGCCUCCCGCUGUUCCGCCGCUGCCCGCGCCUCCGCCGUCUCGACCUGCGCUCCUGCCGCCAGCUCUCCCCGGAAGCUUGUGCCCGGCUGGCAGCCGCCGGGCCCCCUGGCCCCUUCCGCUGCCCAGAAGAGAAGCUGCUUCUCAAGGACAGCUAGUUGGGUGCCCCCCCCACCCCCCCCCACCCCCAGGACUCAUCAGGAGCCUGGACCUCAGGCCUUCAUUUCACCCCUGCCAGGAGGCCAGGUCACCCACCUCAUGACUUGGGAUUCCUGAGUUUUACGACUUGGGGUUCCUGCCCAGGGACUCGAGCCAGCCUCCCCCACUCUUUACCCCCUGCACUGAUAUCUCUGGGGGUCUCUUCUUCCCAUCCCCUCCCCCUUCCACCUGCUUCAUCGACCAUCCCCUGGGGGAAGCGGGUCAGAGGUACUGGGGGGCGCUGAGCCAAAGGGCUGGUGGGAGGGGGGUUGAGGU